AUGUCGGACGACGAUGAUUUCAUGCAGGACUCCGACGAGGAGUAUGACUUCGAAUACGAGGGCUCCGACGAAGACGAUUCAGGGGAUAUCGGCAUAGAGAAUAAGUACUACAACGCGAAACAGAUAAAAACAGACAACCCAGAAGAAGCCAUAGAUGAGUUCCUUGGGGUGCCUGCGCUGGAACAAGACAAAGGCGACUGGGGGUUCAAAGGGUUGAAACAAGCAAUAAAGCUGGAGUUCAAGCUUGAACGAUACGAUGACGCUAUCGAACAUUAUCGCGAGCUCUUGACUUACGUGAAAUCGGCUGUAACACGGAAUUAUUCAGAAAAAUCAAUUAAUAAUAUGCUGGAUUAUAUUGAGAAGGGUUCAGAUGACGAAAAGGCUUAUCACUGCAUGGAAGAGUUCUAUCGGUUAACACUCAAAUCCUUCCAGAGCACAAAUAAUGAACGGCUAUGGUUGAAGACGAAUAUCAAGCUGGCAAGGCUAUGGCUGGAUCGAAAGGAGUUCGCUCAGCUCACGAAAAAGCUACGAGAAUUGCAUCGCGCAUGCCAACGGGAGGACGGCUCUGAUGACCCCAGCAAAGGAACUUACUCCCUCGAAGUGUAUGCAUUGGAGAUCCAGAUGUAUGCAGAGACGAAGAACAACAAACGACUCAAAGCGCUAUAUGAACGCGCAUUGCGAGUACGAUCCGCUGUUCCACACCCGAAGAUUAUGGGAAUCAUUCGCGAGUGUGGAGGCAAAAUGCAUAUGAGUGAGGAGAACUGGGAACAGGCACAGAGCGAUUUCUUCGAGUCGUUCCGCAACUACGACGAAGCGGGCUCUAUACAGCGGAUCCAAGUCCUCAAAUACCUGGUUCUUACUACGAUGCUUAUGAAAUCCGACAUCAAUCCAUUCGACUCCCAAGAGACAAAACCAUACAAAAACGACCCGCGUAUAUCGGCGAUGACUGACCUUGUAGAUGCCUAUCAAAGAGACGAUGUCCAUGCAUACGAGGAAAUUCUGCAGAAUAACCAGGACGUCUUGGCCGACCCAUUCAUUGCAGAGAAUAUCGAUGAAGUCAGUCGUAAUAUGCGCACCAAAGCAGUUCUCAAGCUGAUCGCGCCUUACACACGAUUUACACUGAGCUUUAUCUCAAAGCAAAUCAAGAUCUCGAUCCCGGAGGUGCAGGAGAUCCUGGGCUUCUUGAUCAUGGACAGGAAACUGAAUGCACAGAUUGACCAAGCUAGUGCCACAGUCAUAGUGGAUAGGACCAGCGAUUUAGAUCGUUUGCAAGCCCUUCGAGAAUGGUCUUCGGCACUGAACUCACUUUGGCGCACGGCAUUGAACGAGGGCGAGGGCUUCAAGGUGGACGAGGCGGCACUUGCGCAGAUGGGAGCCUCCGCUUCGUCUUCAUCUCCCUACACAGCAUCGUUCGGCGACGAAACUCGGGCAGGCUUCGGCAAAGGCCGCGCCUGGAGGGGCAAGGCGGGACUGGGGCGCGGAAGUGGCUAUUAG